UUCAAGAUGGCUGCGCCCUUAAAUGACGAGAUCCAAUCUGUUUCCUACUAUAAUAUUCGACAUGUAGCAUUGCAUGGAUAUGUUGCGCCUUUUAUUUGCAUUUAUAUAGCUUGGUUUUAUACGUGGGCCACUGUCUAUGGAAUUCAAGAUUACUACGAGGGCGGUUUGAUAGCUCUGGCAAUCAUCGGCUUAGUGCAGAUUCUGACGGCGUUGUUUUGUUUGUGGUCGAUCCAUGUGAGAUGUGCUCUCACAUGCUCUAAAGAAACCAGUCCAUUCAAGGCAUCCUGGGUGAAAGUUGUGCCCACACCAAAUAAUGGAUCUACAGAACUUAUUCGAUUGCAUCACCAAAAGAAGGAGAAAGGGGAGGAGAUAUGGUUCAACUUCCAGAAAACGAAAUACCUGUAUGAUGCAGAGGAGCGGAAACAGUUCUACACGUUGUCCUUCCCCGACAACCACAGCAUCAAGUAUUACAUGGAGUGGAAGGGGUACCAGGAUGAAGGGGAGAUGAAGGCGGCAGAGUCCAAGUUUGGACUCAACAACAUGACAAUGGACAUCCCAGCUUUCAUGGAGCUGUUCAGUGAGAGAGCCACUGCUCCGUUCUUCGUGUUCCAAGUGUUCUGCGUGGGUUUGUGGUGCCUGGACGAGUACUGGUACUACAGUGUGUUCACGCUGUUCAUGUUGAUAGCGUUCGAGGCCACGCUCGUACAACAGCAGCUGCGCAACAUGUCGGAGAUCAGGAAGAUGGGGAAUAAACCCUAUGUUAUGCAGGCCUAUCGGAACCGAAAGUGGCUGCGGACUUUGUCUGAUGAAAUAGUUCCGGGUGACAUAAUCUCAAUAGGGCGAUCCCAGGACGACCGCCUCGUGCCAUGUGAUAUGCUGCUACUGAGGGGGCCCUGUAUAGUAGAUGAGUCCAUGUUGACAGGAGAAUCUGUGCCAGUCAUGAAGGAACCGGUAGAGAACAUGGACAUUGAUCACGUGUUUGACCUGGAGCAUGACGGUAAACUGCAUGUCCUGUAUGGCGGUACGAAGGUGGUGCAGCACUCGCCUCCGAGCAAGACCGGACCGGGACUCAAAUCUAGUGACAAUGGGUGUAUCGCGUUCGUGUUGCGGCAUAGUUUCAACACAUCUCAGGGCAAGCUGCUGCGCUCAAUCCUGUUCGGUGUGAAGAGAGUGACGGCCAACAACCUCGAGACAUUCUGCUUCAUCCUGUUUCUCCUCAUCUUUGCCGUCACUGCAGCCAGUUAUGUCUGGAUAGAAGGAACCAAAAAUCCUGACCGAAACCGCUACAAGUUGUUCUUGGAGUGUACUCUCAUCCUGACUUCUGUAGUACCGCCGGAGCUGCCUAUAGAACUGUCUCUAGCUGUCAACACAUCGCUGCUGGCUCUCACUAAACUGUAUGUGUACUGCACAGAGCCCUUCCGUAUACCCUUCGCGGGUAAAGUAGACAUCUGCUGUUUUGACAAGACUGGCACUCUGACAAGUGACAACCUUGUGGUGGAGGGUGUAGCUGGCCUCAAUGGGUCAGAGAUCAUCUCGGCACAAGAAGCUCCCCUGGAGACGGCGCAGGUGAUGGCAACAUGCCAUUCUCUGGUACAGCUGGAUGAUGAGAUGGUGGGAGACCCGCUGGAGAAAGCCACUCUCAAUGCUGUAGAGUGGACACUCACUAAAGGUGAGGCUGUGGUUCCACAGAAGAAGAAGACCCAUGGGAUGAAGAUCUUCCACAGAUUCCACUUCUCCAGCGCCCUCAAGAGAAUGUCGGUGAUAGCUGGUCACACAGCGCCAGGCUCCAUGGAGACGGACUACAUGGCCACAGUGAAGGGAGCACCAGAGACACUUAAACCCAUGUUCAAGAACCCACCAGCGGACUAUGAUGAGGUGUACCUGGCUAUGGCAAGGAGAGGUGCUAGAGUUCUGGCCCUUGGAUACAAACGUAUCGGAAGCCUCUCACAUCAAGAGGUGCGGGAAAUGACGAGGGAGGAGGCCGAGUGUCAGCUGGAGUUUGCAGGCUUCAUCAUCAUCUCCUGUCCACUCAAAGCCGACUCCAAGGCUUCGGUCAAGGAAAUCUAUAAUGCCUCACAUCUGGUUGCCAUGAUUACCGGAGACAACCCACUGACAGCCUGCCAUGUUGCCAAGGAGCUGAGAAUCACCAAGCGAGAGACUGUCAUCCUACAAGGACCAAAUGAUAAAGCUCGAGGGUGGCACUGGCAGUCAAUCGACGAUCGUGUUGUCAUUCCCGCUAUACCAGUGGACAUGAAGAAAGAACUUAUAGCUGCAUACGACCUUUGUCUCACAGGGGAGGCUCUGACCUGGCUGCAGACAGAACACGAGAAACUCCUGAGGAUCGUGCUGCCAAAUACUAAAGUCUUUGCCAGGGUAGCCCCAAAACAAAAGGAGUUCAUUGUUACAGCCUUGAAGAGCAUGGGUUACACAGUCCUCAUGUGUGGAGAUGGAACUAAUGACGUUGGUGCUCUCAAACACGCUCAUGUUGGGGUUGCACUGUUAGCCAAUGCUCCAGAGAGGCUGCCUGACAAGAAGAAGAGGAGAGAGGAGAAUAGCAGCAGUGUAGAUGGUGAGGCCCCCAACGACAAGCUACAGAUGUUGAGUCAGCGUGGUGGGGGCAAGGUGUCAGGGCGGGCUGCCAAACAGAGAGCCAUUGCAAGGGGAGAUAACCUAGCUCCAGCACAGAAAAAACUUGCUGCCAUGUUGAAAGAACUUGAAGAAGAAGAAAAAUCGCAGAUUGUUCGACUUGGAGAUGCCAGUAUAGCUUCCCCAUUCACAUCCAAACUUUCCACAGUUGCUAGUGUGUGUCACAUCAUCAAACAAGGGCGAUGUACUCUAGUUACGACCCUGCAGAUGUUCAAGAUCCUGGCCCUAAACGCCCUGAUCCUGGCUUACAGUCAAAGUGUGUUGUACCUGGACGGCAUCAAGUUCAGUGAUGGCCAGGCCACCAUGCAAGGCCUGCUGCUAGCUGGUUGCUUCCUGUUCAUCUCACGGUCCAAGCCACUAAAGUCUCUGUCAAAGGAACGUCCUCUACCUAACAUCUUCAACCUGUACACAAUACUCACAGUGUUGGCACAGUUUGCUUUUUUCCUUAUCCUGACUCAUGGAGAACCGUUUAUGGAGAGUUUAAAGGACAAUAAACCCCUACUGUACAGUUUGAUGUUCUCGGGGGGCGCCAUCUUUGCACUGGCAAGUGGACUGCUUCCAGACCUUGCCGACCAGUUUCAACUGGUCGCAUUUCCAGAUGAGUUUAGCAACACAGUUCUUGGUGUGAUAUCAGCAGACAUUCUUUCAGCAUUUGUAGUCGACAGAUCUAUACGAUUUUGCCUAGGAACGGGGAAGUUAAAAUCUACAUAGUAACUUAUUUUUAUAUAACAUUGCCUUUCACAUGCUUUUAUUAACAUGGCUGUGUCUCAAAUACAGGACUUCCCUUCCUGCCCCUUGAUAUACUGUGGUACUUUGUCUGACCUCAUUCUUACAUUCGAUCAUGUCACUUUCAUCUGAUGGUUUGGGGCCAACUGAUGUUUGAGGUGCCUCUCUCUUCAGGUGCAGUAGUACUGUCAUGUGAUGUCAUGUGUCAGGUGCACUGUUGAAGGUGCACCCCCUCUUCAGGUGCAGUAGUACUGUCAUGUGAUGUCAUGUGUCAGGUGCACUGUUGAAGGUGCACCCCCUCUUCAGGUGCAGUAGUACUGUCAUGUGAUGUCAUGUGUCAGGUGCACUGUUGAAGGUGCACCCCCUCUUCAGGUGCAGUAGUACUGUCAUGUGAUGUCAUGUGUCAGGUGCACUGUUGAAGGUGCACCCCCUCUUCAGGUGCAGUAGUACUGUCAUGUGAUGCCAGGUGUCAGGUGCACUGUUGGAGGUGCACCCCCUCUUCAGGUGCAGUAGUACUGUCAUGUGAUGUCAGGUGUCAGGUGCACUGUUGGAGGUGCACCCCCUCUUCAGGUGCAGUAGUACUGUCAUGUGAUGUCAGGUGUCAGGUGCACUGUUGGAGGUGCACCCCCUCUUCAGGUGCAGUAGUACUGUCAUGUGAUGUCAGGUGUCAGGUGCA